GAGGUGGAGCAAUGCAUGCAGCCCAGCACUAUAAAACCAUCAGAGCUGCGACUUUAAGGACCUUUUUGCUUCUAUAACUGGCCUCAUAUAUGCCUGGAACACAGCUCACUAAGGUUGGCCCACUGAAUCUCUGCAGAACUUCUACUUCACAGUAUCCCACCACUCAAAACACAAAGGAGCUACAACCACUCAUGGCAAAUCCAGUCUGUGAAACUACAGAGAAGAAGAAACAGCAGCCACAGGGACCAGAGAGGCCAAAUUCACAUCAGAAGUUUAAAGCAAAGCUCAUGCAAUGCAUCUCUUACAUUGCUGAAGACAUGCCUGCGUUUGGUGAAUGGAUGAAAGGGCAAUUUAUCUUGCUCCAAAUUCUUGACUGGGUGCUGCGGGGAGCUGCUCAGGUGAUGUUUGUGAACAACCCUCUCAGUGGGCUAAUCAUCUUUGCUGGACUGAUCCUGCAGAACCGAUGGUGGGCACUCAAUGGUUUUGUUGGCACUUUGUUUGCUACGAUUUCUGCCCUCAUCAUUGGUCAGAACAGAGGUGCAAUCGCAAACGGCCUGUACGGAUAUAAUGGCAUCUUGGUUGGUCUCCUGAUGGCAGUAUUCUCAAAUGCAGGAGAUUGGUAUUGGUGGCUGCUUCUUCCCAACAUUUUCAUGUCAAUGGCAUGUCCCAUAGUGUCCAGUGCCUUGGCUUCCAUCAACAGUCGGUGGGACCUUCCUGUCUUCACCCUGCCAUUUAACAUACUAGUGUGUCUCCAUAUGGUGGCGACAGGCCACUACAAUCACCACUUCCCACAGGUUCUCUUCCAGCCACGCACAUCCAUGCAUAACUUGACAUGGUCUGAGCUGGAUUAUCCAAAGCUCUUCCGCUCAAUCCCUGUGGGUAUUGGACAGGUAUAUGGGUGUGACAAUGCUUGGACAGGAGGAAUAUUCAUGAUCGCCUUGUUCAUCUCCUCGCCCAUAACAUUUGCACAUGCGACUAUUGGAUCAGCAGUUGGUAUGGUGUCAGGUCUCGCUCUUGCUGCGCCGUUCCAGAACAUCUACUUUGGCCUGUGGGGUUAUAACUGUGUUUUGGCCUGCAUUGCCAUUGGUGGGAUGUUCUAUGCUCUCACAUGGCAGACACAUCUUCUGGCUCUGGCCUGUGCAUUCUUCUGUGCAUAUCUUGGCUCUGCAAUCGCAAAUGUGAUGUCUACUUUUGGACUCCCAGCAUGCACCUGGCCCUUCUGUCUCUCUGCCCUCACUUUCCUUUUGAUCACUACGGAGAUAAAAAACAUUUAUAAACUGCCCCUUGCUAAAGUCACCUACCCUGAGAAAAACCUGAUAUACUUCUGGAAGAUGAAGAAAGAGGAGAGGAUCGCCAAACAAAGAAAAGAGCAAGAGAAAGACAUAGCAUCACAGCAGAAGAAAGAGAAAAUAAUAAUGGCUGCAAUGGAAAUGAAAGCUCGUCAGCAUCUUGAUGCUUGCACUGUGGACGUUCUGCAAGAGGAAAGCACACAAAAUAGGCCAGAUAGAAAGUCAGAGGCAACUGAACUAAAUUUAGAAGUUCAUGCUCCAGUUCCUGUUCCCCAUCAAAACCUACCCGAAGAAUCCCCAGAGCUGAAGUCGGAAAAGAUAACCCGUACCUCUAAGCCGUACUCAAUCCAUGCAGUGACUGGUGAAGUUAUCAACCACAGAUGUAUUCAGUCCUACGGCAGCCUCCAAAUUACCUCCACACUGACCUUGGGAUUCUCCAGGCCCUGCAUACCAGGAGAACCCUUCAAGGGUCGGAUCUAUCGAGCCAUCCCCGAACAAGCCGCCAUGCAAGAAUACAUCAAGAGAUCUGACCAUCAACAUCAUGUCUCCCAAGUACUUCAACGGCUCCGAGAGUUUUCCCUGUUCUUGAAAGCAGAAAAGUGCGUUUUCCACCAGACCUCCAUCGAAUUCUUGGGUUACCACCUCAGUGAAAAGGGAGUCAGGAUGGAUAACCAAAAGACCCAAGCCAUCACCUCCUGGCCCACUCCUACACCAAUCAAAGAGUUACAGAGAUUCCUGGGAUUCGCAAACUUUUAUCGCCGGUUCAUAAACCAACCACCUUCAACACUGCUCCCCUGCUCCAACAUCCAGAUCCAGAAAAAGUUCAUUGUCGAGGUGGACCCCUCAACAACAGGCGUGGGGGCCAUCUUGUCACAGUACCCUGAGAACUCAUCCAAGCCCAUGCCUUGUGCCUUCUUUUCCCGGAAAUUAUCCCCCGCGGAAAGGAACUACGAUAUUGCUAACCGAGAACUCCUAGCUGUGAAGCUUGCCCUGGAAGAAUGGAGGCAUUGGUUGGAAGGCCAGACAUCCGCCAGACAUCCGUUUCUUGUACUUACCGACCACAAGAACCUCCAGUAUUUAAAGGAAGCCAAGAGACUUAACCCUCGCCAAGCUCGAUGGGCUCUGUUUUUUACACGGUUCCACUUCCAGAUAUCCUACCAUCCCGGAUCAAGAAACACGAGAGAAGAUACCCUGUCCCGUCUCCACGCUCCCAAAGAAGACAUCGAAGAACCAGAAACCAUCCUGCCUACCAAAAUAUUCAAUGCCCCGCUGACAAAACCUACGUACCUGAAGAUCUUCGCACUUCCCUCAUCUCCUCCGCUCACUCAUCCGUUGGAACCGGUCACCCCGGCAUCAGCAAAACAUACUAGACCCUUCAGCAAAAAUACUGGUGGCCAAGAAUGGAGGACGACGUCACUCUGCGCCAUAACCAAGGUACCACAUCAGUUACCCACCGGAAAGCUAAUCCCUUUACCCAUCCCUCAUCGUCCUUGGUCCCAUAUAGGAGUCGACUUUGUUACUGACCUCCCAGUCUCUGAUGAAAACACAUGUAUUGUCAUAGCCAUCGACCGAUUCUCAAAGGCGUGCAAACUAAUCCCUCUCAAGGCCUUGCCUACAGCCUUUGACACAGCGGAGUUACUAUUUGAACAUGUGUUUUACCCGGUCCCUGACGAUAACCCCCCGAUACCACCCGUAGAAGCCGAGCCCAUCUACACGGUAAAGGAGAUACUGGACUCCCGACGUCGUGGUGGGCGACUCGAAUACCUGGUAGACUGGGAGGAUUAUGGGCAAUUUAUCUUGCUCCAAAUUCUGGACUGGGUGCUGCAGGGAGCUGCUCAGGUAAUGUUUGUGAACAACCCUCUCAGUGGGCUAAUCAUCUUUGCUGGACUGAUCCUGCAGAACCGAUGGAGGGCACUCAACGGUUUUGUUGGUACUUUGUUUGCUAUGAUUUCUACCCUCAUCAAUUGCAUUCUUAGUGGCCUCUCUGAUUGUCAACACUGUGAUAGUCUGCGGCUAAAAGUAUUGCGCCCAAGGCUCGCGGCCUUCUCUAAGGAAGUAUGCCCCGAGUCUAACCCCCGCUGUCCCGUUUCUGCGUUUGCCGAGGUGCCGCACGAGAUGGUCACUUGGGGUGACGCAUGCAAGCCGGGGCUCUUAGAGGUUUGUGAUACGAAGUCUUUCGGUUGUUUGCCGUGUGACAAAGACGUGCUGUCCACAGCGGCCUCCGAUUCAGAGGAUUUAUUGGAUGAAGUGCGCAGUUCUCUCCCUCUGAGCGGACAGGAGAAAUGCACCUCCCUGUCUUACAGUGAACUGUUAGACAUUGUAACACGCACCGUGGAUAAGUUGGGCCUUCAGAGUUUGAGGGAAAUCCAAGGAUCAUGCGAGCAUGGCCCGUUUAUGAUGGCGAUCAAAGCCCUUACUCUUGUGGUGGUGGGCCUGCCCGACAGGACAUUUGGACAUCAUCCUGUUAUAGAAUUCCUCGCCACUCAGAUCCAACCCGAGGAUUGGUUUGUAACCAUCGAACUAAAGGAUGCAUACCUACACAUCCAGAUCAUCAAGAGACACAGGAAGUUCCUUAGUGCAAUUGCAAAUGGCCUGGACGGAUAUAACGGCAUCUUGGAUGGUCUUCCGGUUUAUUCAAAUGCAGGAGAUUAGUAUUGGUGGCUGCUUCUUCCCAACAUUUUCAUGUCAAUGGCAUGUCCCAUAGUGUCCAGUGCCUUGGCUUCCAUCAACAGUCGGUGGGACCUUCCUGUCUUCACCCUGCCAUUUAACAUACUAGUGUGUCUCCAUAAGGUGGCAACAGGCCACUACAAUCACCACUUCCCACAGGUUCUCUUCCAGCCACGCACAUCCAUGAAUAACUUGACAUGGUCUGAGCUGGAUUAUCCAAAGCUCUUCUGCUCAAUCCCUGUGGGUAUUGGACAGGUAUAUGGGUGUGACAAUGCUUGGACAGGAGGAAUAUUCAUGAUCGCCUUGUUCAUCUCCUCGCCCAUAACAUUUGCACAUGCGACUAUUGGAUCAGCAGUUGGUAUGGUGUCAGGUCUCGCUCUUGCUGCGCCGUUCCAGAACAUCUACUUUGGCCUGUGGGGUUAUAACUGUGUUUUGGCCUGCAUUGCCAUUGGUGGGAUGUUCUAUGCUCUCACAUGGCAGACACAUCUUCUGGCUGUGGCCUGUGCAUUCUUCUGUGUAUCUGCAAUCGCAAAUGUGAUGUUUACUUUUGGACUCCCAGCAUGCACCUGGCCCUUCUGUCUCUCUGCCCUCACUUUCCUUUUGAUCACUAUGAAGAUAAAAAACAUUUAUAAACUGCCCCUUGCUAAAGUCACCUACCCUGAGAAAAACCUGAUAUACUUCUGGAAGAUGAAGAAAGAGAAGAGGAUCGCCAAACAAAGGAAAGAGCAAGAGAAAGACAUAGCAUCACAGCAGAAGAAAGAGAAAAUAAUAAUGGCUGCAAUGGAAAUGAAAGGUCGUCAGCAUCUUGAUGCUUGCACUGUGGACGUUCUGCAAGAGGAAAGCACACAAAAUAGGCCAGAUAGGAAGUCAGAGGCAACUGAACUAAAUUUAACUCAAUUAUAAAUCUCCCUAAAAUGGUUCACAUGAUGUUUAUUUGUUCAAGGAAAACGCCACACAAAAAUAGAUAAGGGAAACAUCACCUUCAAUUUACUAAGCAUCAUUUUUUUUUUUUUUUUUUUAAAUCUCUUAUUUGUUUUUUACGCAAGUCACAAUCUAUUCUGUAGAAAUAUUAAUAUAUUUUAAAUCAUAUCAGUUUCAACAGAAAAAAUACACACAAUAGAAAUGUAACUCAUUUUCAGAUAAAUGAGAAUGUAUUGUUGAAUAGAUAGCCUGCACUAUUUCAAUGUUUUCAUCAUCUGUAGCAGCAUUGUGUAUUACUUUUUGACUUUUAUAAAUU